UAGAUCGAUUUUAUUUAUGCUGUCUUUAAUUUUUGAUUUUCUGUCCAAUUUUUAAAAAAUAGAGAUGUGUGCUUAAUGUAAAACUUUUCUUAGAAUGAAAAUAUUCCUUGAAAACGUGCACAAGAUGAUAUUUAAGCGCUUCGUUGCCAGGAAGAUCUUAAAAUCUAUAAUUUUGUUUGUCGUUAUAGUCUCGGAAGUGUCAAACGCAAGAGCACAUGCAGUAUGUGAUCCUAAUCCGUGUGUUUAUGGUGUGUGUACAGAGUUAGGAAGUGGCCAGUACUACUGUUCAUGUUUACCAGGGUAUGGUGGCAGCAGAUGUGACACUGUGAUCCUGAGACGUGUAUGUCAAUCACAGCCUUGUUUGAAUGGAGGUACAUGUCAGGCCUUAUCUGGUCGAUACAGUUGCACAUGUCGAGAGGGCUUCACAGGUUCCCGAUGUGAAAAAGAACUACUGAUGUGUGAAUCAUCACCUUGUGUACAUGGCUUCUGUGUUAACACACCUGGAGGGUUUAUGUGUACCUGCGAUACCCCUUACACAGGAAAGCUGUGUGAUGUGAAUGUCAAUGACUGUGCAAGUCAACCCUGUCAGCAUGGUGGGGAGUGCUUUGACGGGAUGGGGGAAUACUUCUGUGUGUGUCCACUUGGUCGGGCAGGGUCGCGCUGUGAGCGGGAACAGACAUGUGAAAAUGGGGACCCCUGUGCGAAUCAUGGGGUGUGUGUACCGGGUGACCCCAAGUCAUGUAUCUGCAUGCAGGGUUUCACAGGGGCCAGGUGUGAAACCAACAUUGACAACUGUGUGAACAAUGGAUGCAAGAACGGGGGCACCUGUGUAGAUGUUGACAGUGGAUAUACAUGCACCUGUGUGCCAGAAUUUACAGGGGAUAAGUGUGAGUCGCCACUGGACCCCUGUCUAUCCAGCCCCUGUAAGAAUGGGGCCAAAUGUGUACCUGGGUCCUCACCUGUCACACCCUACAGUUGCUACUGUGUGUCACCCUUCUCUGGGGACCAAUGUGAGAUCACCAACAAUUUUGUAUGCCAAGCUGUUACCUACCCUUGCCUUAAUGGUGGGAAAUGUUCACCAGUGGCUGGUUCUUAUCACUGCACAUGCCCACUUCAUUAUGACGGGAACCAGUGUGAAAUACCAGUUCCCUGUGCAAGUCAGCCAUGUUUGAACAAUGGCAAAUGUUUACAAAAGGGAGGGAACCAGUAUGAAUGUUUGUGUCCAGAGCCAUUCACUGGACAAAACUGUGAAAGUAGGAUUCCAUGUGCUCAGAAUUUGUGUCAAAAUGAAGGUCAAUGCAAAAUUAAUGAGGAUAUUGAAAUAUGUGAAUGUCAGGAUGGGUUUUCUGGUGAUUUUUGUCAAUUUCAGUCCAAUUGUUAUCCGAAUCCUUGUAAAAACAACGGACAAUGUACUCCAUUAGGUUUGACUUUCUUUGAAUGCUUAUGCCCAAACAUGUACACAGGAACACUUUGUGAGACAGAAAUAACCUCCCCUUGUACUUCUUCUCCAUGUGAAAAUGGAGGUACGUGUCUAAAUAUAGCAGCCAAUGAAUAUCAAUGUCAAUGUCUGGCAGGAUUCAGUGGACAAAAUUGUGAAGUUCUUUCAAAAGCGUGUGACUCAGCACCUUGCUUAAAUGGCGCAACUUGUCAAAAUUUAUUGAAUGGAGGAUAUUUGUGUCAAUGCAUGAACAAUUAUACUGGAAUUAAUUGUCAGUACUUUAAGUCAAGUUUGUCAUGCGAUUUGUGCGUAAACAAGGAAAGAUGUGUGAGCACAUCUGAUGACAUUUUCUGUGAAUGCUUGCCAAAUUAUUCCGGAAAGUUUUGCAAUGUGAGUCUGCCAUGUUUGAGUACUUCCUGUCAAAAUAAUGGUGUUUGUGAAAAUGUGAAUGAGCAGGAAUUUGAAUGUAUUUGCAAUGUUAACACAACAGGGAAGCUUUGUGAGACAGUUCUUCCAUGCAGUUCAAUGCCAUGUAAAAAUGGAGGAAUUUGUGAAAAUUCUGAUGACUUUAUGUCAUAUACAUGUGUUUGUAGACAGUAUUACACUGGUUUAGACUGUGGACAGUAUUUACCUUGCGGAAACUCACCAUGUGUCAAUGGCGGGAGUUGUCAAGAUGAAAAUGAUGGUCAGUACACAUGUAAAUGUCCAGAGGUGUAUACUGGAAUAAAAUGCCAAAUUUUCGACCCCUGUGGAAGCAUUCCUUGUAAAAACAAUGGAGUUUGCUCGAAUAACACUGAUGGAACAUACCUAUGUACAUGCACUGAUGAUUUUGAAGGCAUUCACUGCGAAACUAGAAAAUUCCCAUGUGAAUCCAACCCUUGUAAAAAUGGGGGAGAGUGUGAACAUAUUUCUGAGGGCAUGUAUCAGUGUAAAUGUGGUAUUCUGUACGCGGGAAAAGACUGUGAGACUUAUGUCCCCUGUGCCAGUUCGCCUUGUCAAAACGAUGGACUUUGCUUUAAUGGGAAGGAUUCCUACACCUGUGAAUGUCCAGAAAAUUAUAUUGGAGACAGUUGUGAAACUGGCCUGCCUUGUGCAUCCCGGCCAUGUAUUCAAGGGACAUGUGAAAAUUCUGCAGACGGCCUCACUUUCAUCUGCACAUGUUACCCUGGUUACAGAGGGAAAUUGUGUGAUGUAAUCAUCUCCUCCUGUGAUGAGAGCACCUGUCUCCAUGGCAACUGUGUGUCAGGAGCAGACAACAAUAGUUGUGUUUGUGACCCUGGAUUUAAAGGAUCCCAGUGUGACAUUGCCAAGACGGCCUGCGACUCAAAUCCAUGUCAAAAUGGUGCUCAGUGUCAGCCAAGUGGACAGAAUUCAUUCAUCUGUAACUGCUUGUCUGGUUUCAAAGGCAACCUAUGUCAGGAUCGUCUAGAUGCUUGCUUUUCUCAGCCCUGUUUAAAUGGAGCAACAUGUGUGCAAUGUAGUGGCCCUGAUUGCUUGGUGGGAUUUGAAUGUGUUUGUGCAGUUGGAUUUAAAGGAGAGCGAUGUGAAAAUUUUCAGUCUCCCUGCGACCUUGCACCCUGUCUGUAUGAGGGUCUGUGUAUCGAAGAUAGCUCAGAGCAGGGUUACGCAUGUCAGUGCAACACUGGGUUCUCAGGAUCACGCUGUGAGAGUUCAGUGAACCCAUGUAGCAGUAGACCCUGUCAUAACAACGCUGAAUGUGUGCCUACUGACUCCCUCUACAGCUGUCUAUGUUCAGGCCCUUUCACAGGACCCCACUGUGAGACUAGGAUCAAAAACUGUGUGGACCACCAGCCUUGUAAAAACGAGGGAAUAUGUAACAACGACUCAAUAUCCGCUUAUUGCGAGUGUCCCAGAGGGUUUUAUGGCAUCUUCUGUGAAUACAUCACAAGCGUGGAGUGCUUGGCAUCACCAUGUGGAAAUGGCGGAGAAUGUUGGAUGAAGGAUAGGACACCAGUUUGUCAGUGUCCGGCUGGUUUUACUGGUCAGUUCUGUGAAAUUCUGGAGGAUUUUGACUGUACAAAUUCUCCAUGCUUAAAUGGAGGCUUCUGUCAAAACAGUCAGUGUUUGUGCCCAGUUGGAUAUAGCAGUGCACGCUGUCAAAAUACAUAGAUGUCAACAUUAUUUCAUGUCACUGGACUGCACGAUAGCUAGAACAUUCAGUGUGUGCCCUGUGAGUUAUAGAACUUCACAUUGUCAGAAUAAAUAGCUGUCCUCAUAAGGGAACACUCUUGUCAGAGUGGUAUCACUUUUUACAUAGAUUGUAUUUCAUGUUUCACUUAUUACAUACAUCAUAUUUAAUUGUCCUUCCUUAAUGGUAAUAUUUUUAUUUAUAUAUUAUUUAUUGCCAUCGGAAUUGAAUAACUAGUCAGAAAGGACUUUGCUUGUUUGAAUUUUCAAGUAUAACACAUUCCAGGUCUUUUUUAACAUUUUUUAACGGCCCCUUCCCUAAAUAUAUAUUAUUUUUUAUGUAAUGAGAAUCUCACAAUUCAUUAUAUGGUGUUUCUAAGCGACAUAUUUACUGCUUUAUUGAUAUUUUACUACAUUUGCCUCCAAAAUGCCUCCAAAGUGUUUGAAAAAGUACCUGUUCCCCUUUUCAAAGGCCAAGUGCCCCUUCCCUUUUUCAGAAAAAAAAACCUGCAUUCAAUUCAAUUUGUAACCUUUACGAGAUUAUUAAUCUAAACUUAAGAUUUAAUAAUAUUUAGUCAACUUCUCGUUGAUAACAUGGUACCUUUGGUGCCAUCUAUGAACAUAUAAUUUAUCCUUGGUUGUUACGAUAUAUCUGACCUAUCUGACAGUUUGAAAUUAUGAUUUUGCAAUAUUUUGUCAUUUACUUGAUAAUAUGGUUUGUCAUAUCGCUGGGUGAUUCGACUGAUUCAUAUUCCUGUUAUUAAGCGUUGGUGACUGCCUGACCAAAAAAGCCAGUGUUUACAGAGAGCAGCUUUAAAUUUGUUCAAGAAAUUCCAUAUUGUUAAUUUAUAGAACAUUAUGCAGUAUUAUGUGUUAUUUUUAUUGUUAGAUUAUUUUAGUGUAGAUAAAUGUUCACUAUAGAUGCAUAGUUUAAUAUUACUUUUUUUGUUUUGGUUGUAUGGGUGUAUAAAUUGUUAUUGAGGUCUCAUUUUACAAGUUUUAUUUUUUUUUAUUUACAUUUUCAAUGUUUCCACUUUGUGCAAUAUUAAAAGAUGCAAUACCCGGUACAUUACUUGUGUUUAUUUACAAUUAUACACAGAACUUACAUAUCAGUUUCUGUAAAAAAUGUUUAUAAAUCUUGUUUAUCUAAAAUAAACAGUUGUU